ACGGGGAGGCCCAGCGUGGCGAAGAGACAGGAACUGCCCCACCCGGCUCGAAGCUCGGCAUCAAAAGGGCAGCGGCAGCAGCAGUGCUGAAUCGCCCGCGCGACAGAAGGAAAUGCGUCUGCGUCUGCCGCUCUGCUGUCCAAUGGGAGAAGCGGAGUGGGCGGGGCGGCGCGGCGAGGUGCCGCCUGCCGGGCCUCCGCUCCCUGUCGCACAAGGGACGGGACCGUAGAGGGAAGGGGCAGCCGCCUCCUCUCCUCCUUGUUAGCGCGCAGCGCAGCGCAGGUGGCGGCGGCGGCACUAUGGCGGCCGAGGAUGGUGACGGCGAAGGGGUCCGAGUGCUCCAGAACCUGCGGGGGAAGAUCUGUGAAGCCAAAAAUUUAGUGCCAUACUCUGGACCCAACAAAAUGAGAGACUGUUUCUGUACCAUAAACUUGGACCAAGAAGAAGUUUUUCGUACACAGGUGGUUGAAAAGUCUUUAAGUCCUUUCUUUGGUGAAGAGUUUUACUUUGAGAUUCCAAGAACAUUCCAGUGUUUGUCCUUCUAUAUUUAUGAUAAGAGUGUUUUACAAAGAGACCUGCGUAUAGGAAAGGUAGCAAUCAAAAAAGAGGACUUAUGCAAAUAUACCAGCAAAGAGACAUGGUUUUUGCUUCAGCCUGUUGAUUCUAAUUCAGAGGUCCAGGGAAAAGUUCACCUUGAAUUAAAACUGAAUGAACUGAUAACAGAUAAUGGAUCUGUGUGCCAGCAACUAGUAGUACAGUAAGAAUAUUUAUGAAUCAUUAAAAGGAGCUUGAUUUUACUGUUAAAAGAAC